UCAAUUGUUCCCCUUUGGUACAUGAACUGCUGUCGCCUCCUUUGAUUGUUGGAACGAGCGAUAAGUAACGGCCGAUGGCGCAUAGUGCGCGAGUGCUGUGCUAAAACGUUUAUUUUGAUACACUGUGCAGUGUGGUUGUUCCGCCUAAGAGGGUCUGUGGGUCCGCCGCCAAACUGGAGGACCGUACGGAUAGGGAAAAGGGGCGAGGAUCCCCCGAAAUGUUAGCCGAUCAUCCAAGCCUUCGGGGGACCCCUCUGGCGAUGCUAGCGGCGCAGUGCAACAAGCUCUCCAGUAAGUCUCCCCCACCUCUGGCCGACGCAGCCGUCGGCAAGGGAUUCCAUCCCUGGAAGAAGAGCCCCCAGGGCGCCCCAUCACCCGGAAGCAGCGUCUCCUCCUCCAGCUCCCUGCCCCAGAGGUCCUCCGCGUCGAACCCGACGUACUCCAGGUCCGUAAUGACCUCGUGCUCGAGCGUUCCCACAACUGCUUCCUAUGGAAGCGACCUGUACUUCCCGGGAGCCACCACGCAGCCAGCGGUCGCGGACAACUCUCAUGUUCACCACCACCAGAGCUCGCUGUUGGGAAAGGUGGAAGGUGCUGCUACGGCUCACCACGCCGCUUUGGGUUCGGUGUAUUCGAGACACCCGUACGAGACUUGGCCUUUCAAUACUAUGUCGAGUGCUACGCACCAUGGAGGAAUUAAAAGCGAUUCCGUGACGUCUGCAAACGCUUGGUGGGAUGUGCACUCCACGGGGAGCUGGUUGGAUAUGAGUGGAGCGGCUGGAAUGCACGCUCAGAUGGCCGCUGCUAACUAUUCCCCUGAUUAUUCCAGUUUGACUCACUCGCUAGCAUCGAAUCACUUGCUGUCCUCUGGACAGCACCUCCUGCAAGAUACUUACAAGUCUAUGUUACCUGGCGCGCAAAGCGUAGGUGCGUCGUUUGGUUUACACGCUGGGUCCGCACCUUCACCUACUGGAGGUGCUGGUGGUCUACCACCUCAAGUACCAUCCCCUAGGUCUCAAAGGAGGUAUACCGGAAGAGCAACCUGCGACUGCCCCAACUGCCAAGAAGCUGAGAGGUUAGGACCUGCUGGUGUCCACUUGAGGAAGAAGAACAUCCACAGCUGUCACAUACCUGGUUGCGGGAAAGUCUACGGUAAAACGUCACAUUUGAAGGCUCAUUUAAGGUGGCACACCGGCGAGAGACCGUUCGUGUGUAACUGGUUGUUCUGCGGUAAAAGAUUCACCAGGUCCGAUGAACUACAACGACACUUGAGGACGCAUACGGGGGAAAAAAGGUUCGCUUGUCCAAUUUGCAACAAGCGCUUCAUGAGGUCAGACCAUUUAGCUAAACAUGUGAAGACCCAUAAUGGGAAUGGGAAGAAAGGCAGUUCAGAUAGUUGUAGCGACUCCGAGGAGAACAGUCAAAGCGACAUGAACAACGUAAAUUCCCCAGCUUCUAUGAACCAGACACCUCCACCUUCGGCCAAUAUGGGGUUGGAUAUGGUGACGGGGAUGGAUGUGAAGCCUCCUGGCCUGGUUUGAGGCCGGUGGGGCCCUGCGCUGCUCUACCCCAGCUAUCCCCGCUAGCGGGCGGGCCCCUCAAGUGACGCGACUUGUAUAAAUGUGUAUAUAUGUGAAUGGACAGAGCUUUAGUUAUUACUACUUUCGCUUAUUGAACCCAUUGUAUAUAUUAUCUACUGGUCUGGUUGAUGAUGGCAGAAAAUCCAUGGAAUGGGUAAAAUUCGUCAAAAUAAUGUAGAUGAAACAGACACGUAAGGUUUUAUUAAAUUUAAACAUAAAGAAUAUUGAAAGACAUACAUAUGUAUACAAAGAUAGUUCACAAAAUUUGAAUAGUAUCGAUUGUUUUUCAUGCUUGGAGUGUUUUUAUAGGGUAUAUAACCUCUGAUUUUUGGGAUACAGGGUGUCGAAUUAAAAAAAUGUAUUCUUUUCCAAUAUAUCUGAAGACUGGUUAAAUUAACCUAAUUAAAAGCAAAUAUUCACUGCAUUGCAUUGUUGCAAAUAUGCCAAACAGUGGCGUAGAUACUGGAAGGGCGCAGAGUAUUGUGGAAAUCUAUAAUUAUUGCACAUAAUUGAAAUAUUUCUAGGGAAGAUAUUUUCUACUUUAUUUAAAGAACAGGCCAUUUUCAAAAAAGCGUUUAA